GGAUCGUCUGUUCGACCACAAAUUCUGAGAUAGUCUGCCAUGGAAGGAGAUAUGAAGCAUUGGAUGGAAGGAGAGAUCACCGUCUUCAUCAAGCUAUGGCUCUCCAUAUACCUCUCUCUCUCCUACUGUUUCUUCGCUGCAAAAAUGGCUCCCAUUGGCCUUCCCAGGCUGCUGCUUUUCCUCCCUGUAAUCUCUCUCUUUCUCCUCCUCCCUCUCGCCCUCCACUCCGUCCAUUUCUGCGGCAUCACCGCCUUCUUCAUCUCCUGGCUCGCCAACUUUAAGCGCCUCAUGCUUGCCUUCAACCAUGGCCCUCUCCCUUCUCUCUCCCUCCCCCAUUUCCUCGUCAUCGCCUGCCUGCCCAUCAAAAUCCACCAAAAACACACAGACAGCUCAGUUGGUUCUUCAAACAACACUAAUUCUGCACAAGAUUCAGGUCAGCGCAGACAGCUCAGUUGGUUCGUAAAUGAAACUGAGGAUCGAGUCCAGAAACACCAGACAGUGAUCCUCUCACCUAAUGAGCUGUUCAGAGAUAAACCGCCGGUGGAAGUCUCUGAGAAUCGCCAGAAAUCUGCUGCGAGUUAUGCAUUGAAGGCAGUUCUGAUGGGUUUGAUCAUCAAAAUAUAUGAAUAUAGUGAUGGCAUAAACCCUUCAGUUAUAAUGAUUAUAUACUGUUUACAUAUAUAUCUCUUCAUAGAUAUAAUUCUCGCCCUUGUUGCAGCCCUGGCUCGCGCCGUUUUUGGCUUAGAGCUGGAACCGACGUUCAACGAGCCAUAUCUAUCCUCUUCUUUACAGGAUUUCUGGGGAAGUCGAUGGAACCUCAUGGUAAACCGUAUCCUGCGCCCCGCCGUAUACAGUCCCUUCCUCGACGUAUCAGACAAGUAUUUGGGCCGUAAGUGGGCCACGUACCCAGCCGUUAUAGCCACGUUCAUGGCCCACAUGGGAGGUCACGUGGUUCUUUUUGCUCCAUGGGGUGUGCGUGGCAGUCGAGAUUGCAGUGAAGAAGGCGUUGAGGGGCAGGUGGCGGUUGCCGGGUAUACUUGGGACGAUCCUGACCCUUGGAUUCUUUACGCUCACCGUCAGUUGGUUGUUCUUACCGCAGCUGUUGCGAUGUGA